GUGCUCCCGACUUCUCUUUCCCCCACUGCACAUGAGCCGGUGACAUAUCAGGAUUCAGGACCCGUGGAGGACAAAGUGACAACUACCGCUCCCAAUGCAGUCCCUCCUCCGUCUUCCUCCUUCUGGGCCUCUCCCUGCUAGCUCCUUACGAAGAGUUCGCUGUCUCUUCAAUCAGCUAUUGGAUCGUCGAGGGAUAUCACCAUGUCCCGUAGUAGUGCAGAGCUACAGUACAUCUACAGGAGACACUGUAAAUAUAGGUGAUGUGUCCUAUAAACUGAAAAUACCAAGGAAUCCGGAACUGGUGCCCCAGAAAUACAUUCCUGAUCCAUUAUGCCAGACAGUGGUGCAACAUCUCAGAUGGAUUAUGCAGAAAGACCUCCUGGGACAAGAUGUCUUUCUUAUUGGUCCUCCUGGACCUCUCAGACGAUCGAUUGCUAUGCAAUAUUUGGAACUCACUAAGCGGGAGGUAGAAUACAUCACCCUGUCUAGAGACACAACUGAAGCUGAUCUCAAGCAGAGGAGAGAAAUUCGAGCUGGAACAGCUUUUUACAUUGAUCAGUGUGCAGUACGUGCAGCAACAGAAGGAAGAAUCUUGGUGUUGGAAGGAUUGGAAAAGGCAGAGAGGAAUGUUCUGCCUGUGUUAAAUAACUUGCUAGAGAACAGAGAGAUGCAGUUGGAAGAUGGGAGGUUUCUCAUGUCUGCUGAACGUUAUGACAAACUGCUUCAGGAGCAUAGCAAGAAUGAACUAGAUCAAUGGAAGAUUGUACGUGUCAGCGAAGAUUUCCGAGUCAUAGCUUUAGGGCUGCCAAUACCUAAGUACACUGGUAAUCCACUGGAUCCACCACUACGUUCCAGAUUCCAAGCCAGGGAUAUUUAUUAUCUCCCUUUUAAGGAUCAGCUUCAGAUACUGUAUUCAGUUGGACCAAAUGUUUCUGCAGAAAGAAUUUCUCAGUUAUUGUCAUUUGCCACAACUCUCUGUUCACAAGAAUCUUCAAGUUUGGGCCUUCCUGAUUUCCCAGUAGAUAAUUUACAAGCAGCUGUUGCAAUAAUGGAUGCUUUUCCUAUGCUGCCCUUUCAAUCCAUCCUACAAAGACUCUACCCUUACAAUGCUUUAUUGGGUAAAGAAGGCCAAACAGCAGUGGAGGAUUCACUAAAGAGGUUUGAUCUCAUGGAUUCAAAAUCUUCCAUUCCCCUGAAAAUUGGGAAGGUGAAUGCAGCACACAAAGAAAAUAAAUUACGAGCUUCUGUGUCUCUUCAAGUUGGCGGCAAGGAUGUUUCUAUGGAGGUCCCAGCAGGAACCCGAGUUAUGAAACUGCAUUCAGAAUCAUCACAGUUCAUUAAAACCAACAGUCUUGAAAUACUACUUGCAGAGAUGUUGCAGUCACAUAUGGCUAAAGAUAUGUGCCUUAUUGGAGGAAAAGGAUGUGGAAAAACUGUAAUUGCCAAAGAGUUUGCAGACAUGUUGGGAUAUGAGGUGGAGCCUAUCAUGUUGUAUCAGGAUAUGACAGCCAGGGAUUUGCUGCAACAAAGAUACACUCUUCCCAAUGGAGACACUGCCUGGCGACAAUCUCCGCUUGUCACUGCUGCUUUAGAAGGGAAGCUUGUUAUUCUUGAUGGUAUCCAUCGUGUCAACCCAGGGACUUUAGCUAUACUACAGAGACUGAUACAUGACAGAGAGCUAACACUUUAUGAUGGCACCAGACUACUUAGAGAAGACAGAUAUCAAUAUUUAAAGGAGGAAUUACAGCUUUCUGAUGAUACUCUACAGCAGAGGUCUAUCUUUCCCAUCCACCCAUCUUUCAGGAUAAUUGCAAUAGCUGAACCUCCAGUUAUUGGCAGUAACAGUCAACAGUGGUUGGGGCCUGAGAUUCUAACUAUGUUUCUGUUCCAUGAAGUAAAACCAUCAACCAAAAAUGAGGAGAUUCAGAUAAUUAGAGAAAUGGUACCUAAUGUCCCAAAGAACGCAGUGGAGCAACUUCUAACUUUAACACACAAGCUUCGUGAUACAAAAGACCCCACGGCACAAUCUUUGGCUUCAUCUUUAUCUACAAGGCAAUUACUACGAAUCUGUCAUCGUUUAUCUCAGUACCCUGAUGAGAGUUUGUAUCAUGCUGUGAAUAAGGCUUGCCUUUCAAGAUUCUUACCAAGCCUGGCAAGAUCAUCCUUAAAGAAAAAUCUGCUAGAUUCUGGUAUAGAGGAAUCCAGUUCCAGUGUGGAUGGAAAGCAAGAUUACAGCUGUGAAGUCAAAUCUGGCAUCCUGAGGGUUGGUAGUGUCACUGCACCCAUAUUCAAUCCCGAUGAGAGGAUGAAAGUGCCAGACGUGCUUUUUUAUGAUAAUACUCAGCACUUAAUGGUGAUGGAAGAUAUGCUGAAGGAUUUCUUACUUGGGGAACAUCUCUUGCUAGUUGGAAAUCAGGGCGUGGGUAAAAACAAGAUAGUUGAUCGUUUUCUACAUCUCUUAAACAGACCAAGAGAGUAUUUACAGCUGCACAGGGAUACAACUGUGCAAAGCCUUACUUUACAACCAUCUGUGAAAGAAGGUAUUAUAGUAUAUGAAGAUUCUCCACUGGUUAAAGCUGUUAAGAAGGGCCAUAUACUGGUUAUAGAUGAGGCUGAUAAAGCACCAACAAAUGUCACCUGCAUUUUAAAAACAUUAGUUGAAAGUGGAGAAAUGAUACUUUCAGAUGGAAGGCGUCUUGUUGCCAAUCCUUCUCGAUCAGAUGGCAGAGAAAAUACGAUCGCUAUCCAUCCAGAUUUCAGGAUGAUUGUUCUAGCAAACAGACCUGGAUUUCCUUUCCUGGGAAAUGACUUUUUUGGUUCAUUGGGCGAUAUUUUUAGUUGUCACGCAGUAGACAAUCCUGUACCACAGUCUGAGCUUGCCAUGCUAAGGCAAUAUGGUCCUGAUGUGCCUGAUGCGGUGCUUCAGAAACUGGUUGGUGCAUUUGGAGAACUAAGAAGCAUGGCCGAUCAGGGAAUUAUUACAUACCCCUAUUCAACUAGAGAAGUUGUCAAUAUUGUGAAGCAUUUACAGAAAUUUCCAAAUGAAGGGCUAGCAAAUGUUGUCCGAAAUGUUUUUGACUUUGACUCCUACAAUCAAGAAAUGCGUGAAAUUUUGAUUAAUUCUUUACACAAACAUGGAAUUCCAAUUGGAGCUAAACCAUCCAGUGUUCAGCUAGCUAAGGAGUUGCCACUUCCAGAUGUCAGCUUUGUUGGGUAUUGGACCAUCAGCCAGACAGGAAAUGCUCGCCGGAAACUUUUAUGCCCAACUGAAACAAAUAAGCUUGUUAUAAAGGGUCCGGUAUACUUAAAUACACAAGGUUUUUCACUGGAACGGCAUGAAGCAAGGUCCCUCAGUUUCACUGAGGAAGUGUCCCACUGGAGGCUACCAAUCAAUGAAGUCAACAUUGUGUGUGAUAUUGCUGUUUCUUCAGAACGUGAUUCUGAGCGUACACUCCAUGCAGUUACCUGCAAUCCAGUUUCCUUAUACUCUACAAAAGUUAAUGGGCAUAAAGGAUACCAUAUAGAUUUAUAUGAUGUUUUUCCCAGAACUGUGGGUAGUAUAUGGCAACCAUUUGUAACUGUUGCACCACUGGGACAUCCACUUACUGGUCAAGUUGUUUUACAUGAAGAACAGAGUAAUGUAAUCCUUUUGUUGGAUACCAGCAGUGGUGCUCUCCGUCGAAUCUUAAUCUCACAUGAAGAUCAAGAACCUCCAAAAAGAUCCUCCUGGUGGGGUAGUAAGGAAGCUCAGGACAGCUACAAAAUGUGUAGAGAAUUUUCACAUAAGAAUUGGCUGGUUUUCUUCAAAGAAAAUGGUAGCUCACUCAAUGUUCUUGAUGUGUUGGAGGGUACCACUCACACUAUUUCACUGCCAAUCAAUAUUGCAUCAGUUUUCUUGGUGGCAGAAGAUCGAUGGCUUGUGAUUGAGAGUAAGACCAACAAAAAGUUUCUUCUCACAAAGCCUUUGCACAUGGAGGCUGAAGAUACGGGAGUUUGCCAGCUACAUGUAUUAAAUGAAGAACCAGCAAGCAGCGGAUUUGGCGUAACAGCAGCUUCAGAGCCAUCUAACCUUCAUAUGAUUUCAAGUGACCAACUACCAUCUGAGAAUCUAAGUGCAGCCGUUGGACAGAAGAUCGUCUCCCCUAAUAGAAUACUUUCAGAUGAGAAUAAUUAUGCCUCAGUAAUUGUGGGCUUUCCAGAUCUGCUUUCUCCUAGUGAAUUGUACAGCUGGAGAAGAGGUUCUUCAUUGGGUAGCCGCACAACUCUUCCUACUGACCAAUUUUUAAAUCCUGGACGCAGUAAAUUUGGAAAUGUAAAGCAGAAUAAUUGUGUGAAUUUGAUAUCUGCCAACCAGAUAGUCCGUGUUGUAUCACCCACUGAUGUGCCUUUAAAAGAAAUUUACCCUAAAGAUGUUCUUCCUCCCCAUGCAUCUGGUUACCUGGAAGUCACAGAUCUCAAUUCAAAAAAAUUGAAAUAUAUUCCAGUCCCCAGACCGUCUUCUCUGUCACCCUACACAUCAUGGAUAUCAAAAAUUUGUGACACAGAUGUCCUACUAGCUGCACUUGAUAGUAACGGUGUAGUUACAGUUGAUUUGGGAGGUACCGUUCGAGUGUGGGAAACAGGAUUUGACAACCUUCAGCGUUCUCUGCUUGAGUGGAGGAACAUGAUUGGACAGGAUGAUGGGAGACCUGUACAGAUAACAGUACAGAAGGACAGUGGCUUAGAUGUAAGUUCUCCAAAGCAUGGGAAGUCAGACCCAGAUAAUACACCUCAUGUAGGUGGUAAUACAUGGGCUGGGGGAACUGGUGGCAGAGACACGGCUGGACUUGGCGGUAAAGGUGGUCCAUAUCGCCUUGAUUCCGGCCACACGGUCUACCAAGUGUCACAAGCUGAAAAAGAUGCAGUGCCUGAGGAAGUCAAAAGAGCUGCAAGGGAAAUGGCAGAAAAGGCUUUUAAACAAAGAUUAAAGGAAAUUCAGAUGAGUGAAUAUGAUGCUGCAACUUAUGAAAAAUUCUCGGGAUCUGUUCGCAGACAAGUUCAGUCUCUUCGAGUAAUCCUGGACAGUUUACAGGCUAAAGGAAAGGAAAGGCAGUGGUUACGAAACCAGGCUCUGGGAGAGUUAGAUGAUACCAAAAUCAUUGAUGGCUUAGCAGGGGAGAAAGCAAUCUACAGGAGGCGUGGGGAGCUGGAACCAGAGCUUGGAAGUCCUCAACAGAAACCCAAGCGCCUGCGCCUGCUGGUAGAUGUAUCUGGCAGUAUGUAUCGCUUUAAUGGAGUGGAUGGCCGUCUGGAACGCUCUAUGGAAGCUGCGUGCAUGGUCAUGGAAGCAUUUGAGAAUUAUGAACAUAAGUUUAAGUAUGAUGUCUAUGGGCAUUCCGGUGAUGGAUAUAAAAUUGAGUUAAUAAGAAGUGACAGAAUACCUAAGAACAAUAAGCAAAGACUGGAAAUUCUUAAGACUAUGCACGCCCACUCGCAGUUCUGUAUGAGUGGAGACUACACACUAGACGCCACUGAGAAUGCUAUUAAGGAAAUAGCCAAGGAAGAGGCUGAUGAAUACUUUGUCAUAGUUUUGAGUGAUGCUAACCUGGAACGAUAUGGAAUACCACCAUUAAUGUUUGCCCAAGCCUUGACUGUCAACCCACAAGUUAACGCCUUUGCUAUAUUUAUUGGGUCUUUGGGUGAUCAGGCUGAACGGCUGCAGAGGACACUUCCAGCCGGGCGAUCUUUUGUUGCUAUGGAUACAAAGCAGAUCCCACAGAUAUUGCAGCAAAUCUUUACAUCAACCUUGCUAUCAAGUGCUUAGGAAACAGACUUCAUUAUCUAUUAAACUAAGACUUUACACACUUUGUAAAACCACAUACACGAGUUUAAAAUCCUAGUUCAAAUACAUUUUUUUUAGAUUAAUGUGUAUAUAUUGAAUGUUUAUUGACUGUCUAGUGAAUUGAUAGCCUUUUGUUUGUUAAUAAAUAGAUCUGUGCAUUAUUCUGCAUUAAACUUUCAAGAGAAUCACCUGAAUAGAAUUUACCAGAUUUCCGUAGUUGAAAGAUCUGAUAAUUGAUAUAUAAUGUCCAGAAGAUAAUACCGCCUUAUAAUUUUUUUUUAGAGUUUUGCUCAUUAAAUGGUUAUCAAACAUCAA